ACCAACAACUAAGCCUCUCAACCACCCCUCGUCUCUUUUCCCUUCUUUCAACCUCAAAAAGACGACGCACUCUCUCUCGCAUAGUCUCUUCUAAGCCAUCAGACAUCACCUCACAGCCAUGCGUGUCGCCACCGCCAUCUUCGGCGCCCUCGCCGCCUCCGUCGUGGCCGCCGAUGAGAUCCGCUUCAACAACAUCCACAAGAGAAUCGAGCCGACCAAGAUCAUCCAGGUCCUCGAGGCCCGCGGCACGCCCGAGUGCACCAGCGCCAUCUACGCCUUCGUGGACGCCGUCACCGGCUCCGACCCCCUCCCCACGCCGCCCCUGGAGCUCGAGAACUGGGCCGCCACCGCCGACCUUGCCAGCUCCGCCGCCGACCCUUGCGAGACCAUGUCCGUCACCGGCUCCAUCGCGCCCGUCUACACCUCGUGGUACAACUCCCUGGAGUCGUGGCGGGCCGCCCACAUGUCCGAGAUGAGGGACGUCUGGCACGAGUGCACCGACAUUCCUCUCGUUUCCGCCGAGGUCCAGAGCCUCCUCCAGUCGGGCGGUCUCUGCAGCAGCAAGCUGGCCGAGCUCACCGCCGAGGGUUCCGGCACGGCCGCCGCUACCGGCACGACGGGUGCGGGUGCGGGUGCGGCGACGGCCACUCCGAACUUCGCCCCCCGGGAAACCGGCAUGGCGUUUGCCGCAGCCGCCGCCGCCGGCUUCGUCUUUGCUGUGAUGCAGUAGGAGGUGCUCGAAGCGUAAUUUGUUUCCAUGUUUCAUC